AUUUAAUCAUUAUCCUCUCCCCAGAAGAAGCGCAAGACCUCAGAAAUGGACAAUCGGUUGUCCACAGAGUCCAUCUGGAGACCGAGACGGUGAUCGCAAACAAGGAUAACGAAGACAGGGGAGUGAUUAAGAGCCGGGCGAAAAGGCAUCGCUCGCUGGGAAGACAGCGUUUGAGGUUCAUAUCAUGGAUCUACCUUCCUCAACGACAAUCUCCAGUAUCCCACACCCUCACUUUCUAACAACCUGGAUUCUAUGGCACCGGAUGGAUGUGAGCGACCUCCUGAAACGCAAUCGACACUACAAAUGUAUCGUACAUGGUACAGAUCCCAACCCCAAGGCGAGUUUGCCAACGUGCAAAAAGUUCAACUGGAGGUCUGCGAGGCAGAAACGGAUGAAAAAUCAUGUUGUGAGCAACGUAUUCAUCAACAUCAAGGAUAGUGAGGAGCACAUUGUCACCCCCGCAGAGCUUGUUAUCUUCACCCCAUAUGAGGCACAGUUCCGCGAGUACAUUCUGGCAAUUGCACGGCACCAUGAAAAUGACGCCACCUACGGGAUGAGUGAGGCUGUUGUCAAGGGAAUCGAUGGCGCCCUGGAAACCGGCUGA